GCACGCGACGCACCUCACACGCGUCCCCGACAGGCUCGACGAUUUCUGUCCACCCACGACGAUGACGACAUUGUACACGUGAAACGAACAAUUCUCACCACAGCGAUAUCGCGAUAAUGCUAUGACGACGUCGGACGUCGGUGCAGCAGAUCUGGACGGCGGCGACCGGUUAUACGUUUAGGCGGCGAAAAUCGCCAUCGACUUAUUUUCAUCGCGUCCGCACCGGAACUACUAUCCGACCGCUUGUCCCUCGCGAUAACCGAUUGCGAGAAAAACGAUAACUUCCGAGAGACGCAGUGACGCGCGUCAGGUGUAAAGUUUUCCGCGGCGCGCGCGCACAUAAUAUCGCCGGUCGCGUACUCGGCCGUAUCGCCCAUAUCGACGAAGACGUCAUGAAGCUGCUGCUGCCGCCGCCGCAUUGGCUCGCAGUGGCGGCCGUCGUCGUCGUCGUCGUCGGCGUCGUCGCGGUGGCCGCCCCGCCGACGACGGCCAACGGUCCGGCCGCCGCGGCCGAAGACGACGACGGCGCCGGCGGCGGCCUGGACGGCGUAUUCCCGUUCAGAGCCAUCCAACUGUACAACACCGUGGCCGGUUACCUGGAGUACAUAUUCGACAUCGUCAUAGCGCCGAUCACGGGUGGUGUAUCAAACAAAAAACAGGUAACCAGUAGAGUGUCAUACAAAAAAUUUCAAAUUAUUAGAGUUUUGCCGUCUGACGAGGACGAAGUACUUGAUUUAGAAGCAAUGUCCGAAGAACCAGGUGUGCAAGUUUGGAUGCCUAUACGAUUAAAUAAAACAGCAGAUCUUGUAUUACCGCCAAGUGUAGCUAGAGACGUAAAACGAUUUUUAACACAGAGAGAAAUCAACUUUGUUGUACUCAGUUCCGAUUUAGAAAGAAGCAUUAGUAAACAAAAUCCUAAAUCACCAUCUCUUAAUCAAAAAUCAGAGUUAAAAGCAACAAAAGGUCAUGUAAUGACUUGGAAUAGAUAUCAUCGUUAUCAAGAUAUUCUCGACUACUUAAUGUAUCUGUCGGAAAACUAUCCUCAUUUGGUGGAAUUGUUGCCUAUUGGAAAAACUAUAGAAGGCCGUCCACUAAAAGUAGUAAAAAUAUCAAGUGGACAAACUAGAGAAAACGUCGUUAAACCUGCUAUCUGGAUUGAUGCUGGAAUUCACGCAAGAGAAUGGAUAUCACCAGCUGUAGCACUAUUCAUUUUAAGGCAAUUAGUAGAAAAUAAAUCUUACAGAACAUUGGUUUCUGAGAUCGAUUGGUAUAUUCUGCCAAUGAUAAACGCAGAUGGUUACGAGUAUAGUCAUACCGUAGAUCGUCUAUGGAGAAAAUCUAGGAGGACUGCAGCCAACAAAUCGGGAAGAACUCUAUGGGAUAUGUCAUAUGGUUGUGAAGGUGUUGAUUUAAACAGAAACUGGGAUUGGCACUGGGCUGGAGUUGGCGCUAGUCAAGAUCCAUGUUCUGAAACUUUUGCUGGAUCACACGCUUUUUCAGAACCAGAAACCAGAGCAGUAUCUGAUUUUAUAUUAGACCACAGAGAUAGAAUACAAGUAUAUUUAACUCUGCAUUCUUACUCACAAAUGUGGCUAGUACCUUGGAGUCACACAAAAAAACUUGCGGAUGAUUAUGAUGAUAUGAUGUACUUAGCGAGACAAGCAACUGAAGCAAUUCAAAAAGUACACGGUUCACAGUACCAACUCGGCACUACGCCAUCACUGCUUUACACUACAUCAGGAUGUUCGGAUGACUGGGCCAAAGGGAAAGCCGGUAUAAAGUACAGCUAUACGAUAGAACUUCCAGACAAAGGAAUGUACGGUUUUCUAUUGCCAGCUGAUAAGAUUGUGCCAACGGGGAAAGAAAUAUUUACAGGCAUUAAAUCCAUAGCAAAAUCAAUAUUGAAAAUUAACAGCAUGAAGGAGAAGACUAAAUUAAUAGGAUGAUAUAUUAUAUCUUUUGUCUUAACAUGACAUUUGACGAGAAAAUGACUUUCGAUUGAAUUCAUUUAUUUAAGUACAAUUGAAAUAAACUGGCCAGAUUAAAAU